AUGGGCGCCGCCGCCGCCGCAGCCGCCGCAGCCGCCAUCGUGGUGCCCGGAGAGGAACACUUGCGUCCCGUGGCGGCGGUGCAACCGCGCCACCUGGCCGACGGCAGCUGCGACUCGUCGUGUUCCCCGCCGCCGCCCGGAGGCCGUCGCGGAGAGUCGCCGUCGCAGCACCCCCUGCCGCUGAUGCACCACCAGACGCCGUCCGAUGGAUCACGACCAACGGAAGGGAGUAGAACUUACGGUGAAAACACGGAGGUUCUUCGGGAAUCAAUCCAGGCUAUUCUGGACACAUUCCGGUUCCCAGUGGAGACGUUACCUCUCAUCUACGUUGUUCUCAAGGACGCCAAGUCCGACGUCAAAGAAGCGUACAACCGCAUUCUGGAAGCGCAGGAGGAGCUGCGCUCGAUGGCGAUCCGCGAGGCGGCGCGCAUGUACCUGCACCACCCGACGUCGUACUACCUGUCGGCGGGCCCGUACCUGCCGCACACGGCCAUGUACCCGGCGCACACGCCGCCCGCCGUCUUCCCGCCGCCGCUGCACAUGGGGCCGCCGCUGCCCUUCGCCGUGCCGCCGUCGCCCGAGUCUCCGCCGCAGUCGCGACCGCCCACCAUGUAGCCAGCCGGCGCAGCACAGUUGUCGUCGACCGAAUGUUGCCAGCCAGUGAGUGCUCUGGAGCCGACGACUUGCUGAGUGAUCACCACCAUCGAGGCGUCGCGAGGUCUUGGGGACAGCCCAGGCGUCUGGUCCGCCUGCCCUCUGUCGGUCGUGUGGGGCGACAUAUCCUGGAAGAAGAUGGAGAGUGGAUAUUGGUAGUGAGCAUUAUGCACUUGCUAUUUUCGUGAUCAUUCAAAUUUUAAUAUGUAAUAUGUUACCCAGGAGGAAAAGUGAAAACAUGGUUGUGUAAGGAGUAAGAGACUAAAGAUAAAAAAUAUAACCGAACUGUACCAGACUAGUGGUAAGAUGUAGUAAGGUGCUGUGCAGUUUCCACCAUGUUAAGGGCGCCACAAAUGACUUUUUUGAUGUAGCAGUAAUAAGUAAAUAUUGUGCUGUGUAUGAAGUAAAGUGCUAAUAAUCCAAAGAUCUCAUAAUGAUGGUAGAAAUUAGGUCUCCAGAUCUACAAAUUUGGCGCAGGUGUGUCGAUGUGAAUGCAACCAACGUGUGACUUCUGCUGUCAUGUCUGAAAUGAAAACAAAAUGCUUCUAAUCUCUGGGAUGCGCACUACAUUCAGUUUCUUCAGCAUAUUCAGUGGAAAAAUAUCCUUAAUAGACACUUUCAACGUCAUCUUGGAGUUCAUGGAAGGAGCAGUACAUGCUGUAAUUUCAGUGCACACACACACACACACACACACACACACACACACACACACAUACCCACAGAGGAAAAAGUUAAAUGUGUUUGUAUAGCCACCUUGUAAACUUGCUAUAGAGUCAGGCAUUUUUAUGCAGUUUUAAAACAAUAUGAUAUUGUGAAAUAGUUUGGAAUAAAUGUUUAUUGGAGAGCCUGAACUAUGCCUGUUUAUUUUUCCCAUAAAAAGAAAAUUUUGUCAUAUUAAAUAAUGACAUUUUUAAAAUUUGGAACAGGAUAAAAAUAUGGAACAUCAUUCUUAUUUCUAACUUGUUAUGGUGGUAAUAGUUCCAACUGGAAAUUCAAUCGAAAAAUAAGUGUCAAACACUUUUUAGUUUGGACACAUUAUUGUUCAUAUCUAUUUGCCACUCUGUAUGUUAAUAUGUGAUUGUUUACUUUGGAGAAACUAUGAUGUGAACUCAUGUAUAUAAUUUAUUGUUGUCACCUGCUAUUAUUAUUCUAGAUUGUUGAGAGUAUUUCUGUUAUUACUACAGCUGUCCUAUAUACAUUAAUAUGGCUAUACUGUCAUUGUUAUUAACUGAGAACAGAAACUGGUGCUGUAAAUGGACCUAUGAAACAAUUAUAUUGUCUCAUCUGUUUAGGAGCUUUAUGUUUGACAUCUCAACACACUGCAAAGACUUGAUACAGUAAACCAAGAGAGAGACUACAUAGAGGGCAGGUGUCAAUGUGUUUUACUUGUUCCAAAAUCAGAAAUUAAUAAAUAACUUUUUAUUAAUUUUUAUAGCCAGCCAGCCUGCAGUUGUAAAUUAUUUAGUACUGAACAGCUCCUAUAAAGCAAAUAAAGUAAUUUUAGUGAUCUGCAAGAGCAGAAAAAGAUAAUGAACCUCUCUGCAAAGGGGUAUUCAUCACAUGUGUUGGAUUAAUACUAAGAUUUAAAGGCACAUUUCGAAAUAUUCUUUUCUGUACUCAAAAUUCUCCCAUGACUUACAUAGCAAAUUGGUAAUGACUGCCCAUUGAGUUACCUAUUGAUGUUCACUUGUGAGAAAGUAAAACAAAAAUGAUUGUGUUUUGUAGUCUACUUCAUCAAAAUUCCUCCACAUAUGUACACUAAUUUAAAUAUGACUUACUCCAAGUUGAUAUACAUUUACUGUUUCUCAAUAUAUAGAUCAUCUACAUCAAUAUAAAACUGUGUGAGCAUGUAAAACAGUUUUACUAUCAACUACAUAAAGAAGUACGUUUACUUGAUGUUAGAUGUAAUGAUGUUAAAUUAGGUGUAGAAAACACAUAGUUUUGAUGACAUAUAAUGAAUUCAUAAAUAUAUUUCCCACAAAUUCAAUACAAAUAGAUCGUAUUUGGCCAUAUUUAGCAGUCACUUUAUAUAUUGGUGUAUACAACACUCUUUAAUAUGAAAUUUCUAUUGAUGUCAAUGUUUAAAGAAGAAAUUUAGCUUCAGUGUUUUAUAAUAAAAUUAUAUUCUAUAUAUAAUUAUGUAAUUAGUAUUAUAUCGCCGAAAAUCUUCUAUUUUAGUAACAACACAGUUACUAAUAAACUUCUGUGUGUGUAUAAUAUUUCCCCAAAUUAUUCACACAGGCUUUGAAUGGCACAUUUAAUGGAAGAAGAUGGUUAUCUAUCUGAAUCAAAUAUAAAUUAAUAAUUGAAUCUUCAGAGAUAUGUAUAUAAACAAUUAUGUUUUCUAGAUGUUUUAAUUGAGGGGAAAUAAAAUGUGAAUGCUUUUAUGAAAAAUGUAAUGAGAGGCUAUAACCAUAAUAGCUAUUAUGAUCAAAUCAAUGAAGUUUCUAAAGCAUUGAGUACCAUUCUCUUUCUGUUCACAAGACUUCAAUUCUUCUAUUGCGUCCAUUUGCUGUAAAGAUAUUAUCAGAAUAUUUUUUAUAAUGUACACAGCAUGCCAAUCAUGGUCCUUAUACUUUUUUAAAAGAAUUGAUUUUUGUACUGUUGUACUUUAGAAAGGCAAACUUUUGAAAAAUAUUAUAGUUUCUUGAAGCCAAUAGCUAUAAGAAUUUAAAAGUAUUCACAAAGUAAUGAUGAAGACGACCUUCCAUUAAAAACAAAAAUUGUCAAUGACACAUCAGAACACCCAUCCGAAUUAAUUAUUAUAAUGUACUUAUUAAUGUUAUAUGUCAAUGGUAUAUGUGGUAGUGUGAAAUAUUAAUAUGUACACUGAUGCAGUGUGUAAAAGGCUAAGUUGUAUGUAAAUGCUUCAAAUUUGUGCAUGUAGUAUUACAUACCUAAUUCAAAAUAUAUAGUGUUGUUGUCUGAUUCAAAAUCAACUUUAUGUUGAAAAGUCUUAGUUGGGAAUGAAUGUUUGUUUUAACACAGAUUGCUUGGAGGACUUGUGAUAUCCUAUUCCCUCCUAUUUAUGUGCUAUGACCUCCUACAUAUUUUGUAACUGCUAUUACAAUUGUAAUAUUAAUGAAACUAGUAGCUAUAAUUAAAAUAUUUUCAAAUAUAUUAUUUAGCUUCUCUUAUUAAUAAUCGAUUUCAUUUUACACUACCCCAUUACUGUGACCUGCCAUACCAGUACAAAAUACUUAAAUGACAAAUCUGUAAGAAUUUGAUAUAAAAUACU